AUCGAAGAGAACGAGUUUCUGGAUCAAACCGACUACAAGCAGUUGUAUGAGGAAGUCCUCGUUGUGAAUGAGAAGCUCAGGAGUGACUUGCAGGAAGCUCAGCUGCAUCUGAACCAGAACAAGCUGUGUGUGGAGCGAGCGACACAGAUUCAGGAGUGUAAUGCAGAGAGACCCGCCCUGCUGGAGCUGGAGAGAUUCGAACGCAGAUCUUUAGAAAGAAAAGCCGCUGAACUAGAAGAGGAACUGAAGGUCCUGGCUGAUCUCAGAGUUGACAAUCAGAGAUUGAAAGAUGAGAACGCAGCCCUGAUCAGGGUCAUCAGCAAGCUCUCCAAGUGAGCAGCAGGGGGCGCCCCCGUGCGCUGCGAUCAGCCCCCAGUGUCCGUGCCGUUGAGUCUGUGCCAUUUCAAGAUGUAGAUAUUUAUAUGAUCUGAGAUUAUGUGACUCUGUGGUGAUUUGCUGCGACGAUGUUUUCUGUCAAAUAAAUGAACAAAAAUUUUA